GGUCUCACAGCAUCGUCACUAGCUCUUCAUUGUACGGCUGCUGAUGCUGAGCCGUCGCUGAAAAAAAAUAUCCCAGGCCAUGGAUACGGUUUUAGGCUAUAAUACAUCGUGCAUAUUAAUUAUACGAUCUUGUGUUUAUUAAGAGAAUGAGGAAGAGGAAGAGCUGGAAACCUCGGAAGGGCCUCAGCACAUUUCUGUGAAGUCUCAAUGAGAGCAUCGGAGGAAGGGCAGUAGCAUUCAACCCAAUGGCUAAGAAAGGGCGAACCAAGGGCGACAAGCCUGAAGCCCUCAUCUCUGCCCUGCAGGCAGCCAACGAAGAUCUCAGGUCCAAACUAACUGACAUUCAAAUAGAACUACAUCAGGAGAAAUGCAAGGUGAGCAGACUGGAGCGGGAGAAGGUCCAGGAGGCCAAGCGCAUCCGGGAGCAGGAGCAGCACCGGCACACGGCCGCGCUGACGGAGCAGCGGGCCAAGUGGCACGAGGAGAAGCAGAAAGACCUGCAGGCGCUGAGGGAGAACCUGGUGAGGCAGCACGAGCAGGAGCUGGCCCGCACCGCCAAGAUCAGGGACGCCGAGAACCAGCGUCUGAAGGCGGCCAUCAGCGCCAUACGGGACGGAAGUGGGGAGAAGGUGCGCACGGCGCUGACCCUCGAGGCCAAGGAGGACGCGCGGCGCUUCUUCGACCAGGAGCGCGUCAAGCUGCUGCAGGAGAUCGCCGAGCUCAAGUCCACCAAGAAGCAGACGGACGAGGCGCUCAGCACCAUGAUCCAGGCCGACAAGAUGAAGGCCGGGGACCUGCGCUCCGAGCACCAGCAGCACCAGGAGCAGAUCUCCAAGAUCAAGUGGGACUCGGAGAGGGACAUCCGCAGACUGGUGGAUGAGAUCAAGUCUAAAGAGCGCACCAUCUUCUCCCUGGAGAAGGAGCUGGAGUCGGCCACAUGCUUCAUGCAGAGGCUGCAACUGCAGAAGGACGCCCUGGACGAGCAGCUCUUCCUGGUGAAGGAGGCCGAGUGUGGCCUGGGAAGCCCCAAGAGGGAGAUCCCUGGGCGGGCAGGGGAUGGGGCCGAGCACUGUGGCAGCCCGGACAUGCGAAGGAACCAGAGACGCAUGGCUGACCUGAACUCCACCAUCCGCAAACUGGAGGACCGCAACUCCCUGCUGGUGGACGAGAGGAACGAGCUGCUGAAGCGUGUACGGGAGUCGGAGAAACAAUGCAAACCCCUGCUGGAAAAGAACCGGCUCAUGAGCAAGAGGAACGAUGAUCUCACACAGACCCUCCAGCGCCUGGAAGACAAGCUCAAGGUCCUGGCCAAGGAGAACCUGGAGAUGAAGGAGAAAAUUGUCUCUCAUCCGCCACUGAAGAAACUCAAGUCCCUCAACGACCUGGACCAGGCUCACGACGACCAGGAGAUAGAAUUCCUCAAGAUGCAGGUCCUGGAACAGCAGAAUAUGAUCGACGAACUGACCAGAGAUAGAGAAAAACUCCUACGGAAGAAGAGACAUAAACGAAGCUCUCGGCCAAUCAAGAGACACAUAGUCGUGGACACAUUCUACGGAUACGAUGAGGAGUCCAUGGACUCCGAAUCGUCCUCUGUGGCCUCCUUCCGCAUGGACCGCACCCCGGCCACGCCUGACGAAGACCUGGACGUUGGGCUGGCCAAUGAGGAGUCGGAGUUGCGUUUCCGCCAGUUGACCAGGGAGUACCAGGCGUUGCAGCGGGCGUACGCCCUGCUUCAGGAGCAGAAGGGAGGGGUGCUGGACGCUGAGAUGGAGGCCAAGGCUCAGGAGCAGCUACAUGCAGACGUUCUCAGGUACAAGGCCAAGAUCGAGGACCUGGAGAAGGAGCUCACGCUCAGAGGACAGGACUCCAAGUGGGUGGAGGAGAAGCAGCUCUUUCUCCGCAGGAACCAGGAGAUUUUGGACAAGAUGGAGAAGCUGGAUGCUGAGUCUAAUCGCGUUCAUCAGGAACUCCAAGACUCCAAGGACCAGAAUGAGCUGCUGGAGUUCAGGAUACUGGAACUGGAGGAGCGAGAGCGGCGCUCCCCGCCGUUCAACCACCUGAGGAUGCACCCGUUCUCCGAGGGCGUCAGCGCCCUGCAGAUCUACUGCAUGAAGGAAGGGGUCAAGGAUGUGUGUAUACCUGACCUGAUCAAGCUCCUUGAUAUUCUGGGUGACAACGGGAACCUUCGCAACGAGGAACAGGUGGCCAUUAUCCAAGCCAGCACGGUGCUCUCUUUAGCUGAAAAGUGGAUCCAGCAGAUUGAGGGCACCGAAGCGUCGCUGCACCAGAAGAUGAUGGACCUGGAGAUGGAGAUGGAGAUGUUCUGCAAGCAGAAAGGCUAUCUGGAGGAGGAGCUGGACUACAGGAAGCAGGCUUUGGACCAAGCCUACCUGCAAAUCCAGGAGCUGGAGGCCACGCUGUACAACGCCCUGCAGCAGGACAAGGUGAUCGCGUACGGCGAGCCGCUGGACGAGCGGCAGAAGGACGAGCUGCGCACGGCCGUGGAGAAGCUGCGCCGGCAGAUGCUGAGGAAGAGCCGCGAGUACGACUGCCAGAUCCUCCAGGAGAGGAUGGAGCUGCUGCACCAGGCGCACCAGAGAAUCCGAGACCUGGAGGACAAGACGGACAUCCAGAGGAGACAGAUAAAGGAUCUGGAAGAGAAGAUCAUGUGGCAGCUUGGAGAUUGUGUUUGUGACUGCACCGGUUUUUCUUUCGUGGCCGAGCGAGUCGUAUUCGUGGCUCGUGUUGUAAAAGUGAGUGAAGGUAGACGUUUUUGGUUUUGUUUGUUUUUUUGGUGACGGGACGCAAGGCGAACGCUCAGACGGGUUUUUUUGGGGGGGUCUGCUCUCCGAGGACACGCUGUUUAUGCUGCACUGGACUCACUGGCCUUUGGAACGUGGACCUUCUCAACUCUGUGGGGGGGGAACUGGAACCCUGCGCUGAUCCUGAACACACACACACACACACACUCACUCACACUCUCACUCGCUCACAUAUUCGCAUGCACACAGAGAUUGGAUACAGAUAGGUGCAGACACACAAAGAUGCAUACACGGAUUGUAAGACCACUCGCGGACAUCGAGGAAACCAAAGUCUGGGAAAUCUUAUCUCUGCCAUGCAGGGUAGUGCGACGACCCUCUUCACUACAGCCAGACCACUUACUGUAGACCUCACCAUACCACACCAGACCAGACUGCAUCCAUCUUCUGCUCUUUUCGUCUCCAGUCCUCUCUCCGUCUCUCUUCUUGAGCUGGGAUGGAUGCAUAUCUAUGUGAGCAGAGUGGAGAGCUGAUUCAGGACCUGCGUGACGAUGACUGAGUGCUCUUCUGGUCAGCAGGCCCCUCCUCUGGUCUCUGGUCUCAGGUCAGCUGAUGUGGACCCCCCCCCCCCUCCUCAGACCCCGAGUAGACUGGACUACGGAGAGGGACAUGGGACAAUCUGGACGGCAUGUCCCUAGAAGCAGGCCAAGUUCAGGGCAAAAUGGAGGGACUGUGGGAGAGGAGGGAGGGGGAGACAGAAAGCGAGAGAAGACUGAGAGAAGAUCCACAAUGUGUUCACCCCCCCCCCCCCCCCCAUGUGUUCUUCUCAACAGACGACCCCUCGUGCUGAAACCCACACUUUAUUUUUCCAAAAUCAACAAAAAAAAACUGGACUCGGCAGAGAUUUCUUUAUUUUUUAACAGUCCAAGCAAAUCGACAUGUACUGUACCAAAAUGUCCACAGGCAUACAAAAACAUCCUUAUUGAUUGCUGUGUAAUAUAAUACAUUUGUUGAUAUGUACAUGUGUCUUGAUAAUUUCCUGUAGCCUCUUACCUUCUUUCUGUGAAUAUUUACGGUACAUUCCCCUUUGCAGCUUGAACAGUAGAAUUACUUGGCAGUUGUCAAAUGACCCAAAAGUAUAAAUUGCUAUGUUUAUUGUGGUGACAGCUGCAAAAGAUUUCCCGAAAUUGUACUAAACUUUAAAAAUGAUCUGGUUAUGAAUAUUCUCCUACACUUCUUACAGUUUUUUCACAUGCCCUCUCUUUUCUGCUUUAUACCAGCAGGGGUUGCUUGGCUUCUACUGAAUGACAUUCAACACUCUUUUAAAGUCAUCUAUCUUCUCUGAAUUUGUACAUAUGUCCCUGGUCUCUCUUUCCCCACCAAACUCUGACUUCAGGAAGCGGCGUGGAGGCAGUUUGAAUUCAAAAUGUUUUAUUCACUAACUCACUGCUCAAAGGGGUGUCCGUGUUAAGUUUGUAAACGGAACUGCUUUCACCGAAAACAAUCGCUUUCCUUUAACUGAAGGAAUGUCCCUGUAGUAUUUAGUCAAGUUAAUACUACAGUGUCAGGAGCAGCUGUGAUGUAUGGUAUAAUGGAAUCGUAAUAGAUGCCUGCUGACAAACCCCAACCUAAACACACACACACACACACACAGUAUGUCAAUCAGCUGAAAUAGGAGAAAGUCAAGUUGCCGUAAGAGUAAACCCGUUCUGGGUCUCUUCUUUCUGGCGGGGCAGUGUGCUGCAAUAUUAACCAGCUGCAGUGAGACCUCCUCCCAGCCAUGUUCACCUGAGCUCCCUGGUCCUCCACAGCACCUGCUCAAGGCUCUGGAACACCACGGCCUCCUCUUUCAUCACUGAACAUGGGUCUGCUUCAGUUACCUUACCCAGGGGAGGGAGUGACACUAUUUUCGAGCAAACUCAGCUAACUAGCGAUUGCCUUAAAUGCGCUUACAGUAACCCCCCCUCCUCCUCCUCCUCCUCCCCCCAUCAAUUCGUAUGUUCUUUUCUAAGGGAUGUAUUAAUUUUGUCAGCUACUAUGAUCAUGUAAUGUACAUUUUCUCUAUUCACUGAAGACAUUGUUUUGUAAAUCUUUGCCCCUCUGUCUUCCAACGAGACUUUACCCCCCCCCACCCCCUACUUUCAAGUAUAUUAUCAAACGGACAAAAAUGAAUAAAGAAAUAAAAG